CUAGGGUAAGAGCUUGGGGAGCUUGGAGGGGGUGCAGCUUAGCUUUGCUUUGCGAGCCCGGCGCGGGGAUCGACGCGACGUUCUGAUCAUAUUCCUAGGCUCCAUUGCUGUCCCAUAACCGCCGCAACCGCUCGUAUCGGUGAAACAUCUCAUAAAAAAAGUGCUCUCUCUUCACUUGAGAGCAACUGGACAGUGAGACUUGAGAGUACAAGGCCAAGUACACUCACUGCAAGUAGACGAGUAUCGACCGCCGCGCGCGACUCAGGGCAUGGCGGGCGAGCAAUGCAGCAUAUGCCUCGAAGCCCUCGACGGCGGCGUAACGGCGCUCGCGUGCGGCCACCGCUUCCACGCCGCGUGCCUGGCCCGGCUGGCGAGCGCGGCCGGCACGACGGCGACGAGGCGCGGCGCGCUCACGGCGUGCCCGAACUGUCGUACGGUGUCUCGAGUGGCGCUGACGCCCGUCGCGACGUUUAGCGUCGGCGACCGGGUGGAGGCGUUGUGGGGACAGAAGUGGUAUCCGGGCGAAGUGGACGCGGUCGUGGACGGCGGCCGCGCCUACGAGAUUAUUUGGGACGACGGCGACGACGGCGAAGUGCGCGCGGCGCACGUGCGCGCGGCGCCGGCGCCGGCUCGGACGGCGCUGCCGCCGGUGAUGGCCCCACCCGCCCCGCCGCCGGUGCCCCCGCCACUGGCUCCGCGCGACAUUGUCCCUGCGGCCGUUGCGGACGGAGACGGCGGCGCGCGGGGAGCGCGGACGGCGUCGUCGCGGUUCUGGGGCGUGACUUGGUAUCGGAGAGACAAGAUCUGGAAGGCGUUUUAUAGAGACGCGGACGGCAAGUGCCGCUUGGUCGGCGUCUUCGACGACGAGGAGGAGGCCGCACGCGCCCGCGACCAAGCCAUUCGCGACGCUGGCCUGGAAGGCAAGCGCCGCAUAAACGCUGUCGAUGCGACGGGCGCGCUGGUGCCGCGCGGGUGGGGCGACCGCUCCGCCGUCGUCGCGCCGGACCCGGCACUCGCGCUGACGGAGACGACGUCCAAGUUCUGGGGCGUGAGUUGGGACAAGACCAGGCGACGGUGGCAGGCGCACUACACCGACGCGAACGGCAAGCUGCGCACGGUCGGCCUCUUCGACACCCAGGAGCAGGCUGCGCACGCCGUCAACGCGGCGAUCCGGGCUCUUCCUCAACACGUCCAACGUCGGAGGAACAUCAACCCGGUCGUCGACGGGCAACUCGUGCCCAAAAAGCGCAAGGCGAAGGGUCACGCGCCGGACUACGCCACAAGGAAGCGCCGCCGCGACGAGCGCGCCGCCGCCGCGCCGUCGACGCGCACGCGCCGGCCGCGCCGAGCGGUUAGCUACGAGGAAGACCCCGACUUCGAGCUGUGAGGUCGCCGUCGGACGCGGACGGCUCGAACUAGACGUCGCGUAAUUUCUCUCCACUCAA